GAUCCAUCGUCUAAGAGAACUGUACUUCAUUUCCUGACGGUCAGACACGUUCUGCUUCUUGCAUCCAUAAGGGUUUUGAUUCAUGCCAGAUGUCUAGUCAAAAAUUCCAGGCUUCCACAGACCUAUUCAUCAGUCAGUUCAAGUGGCACAAGUUUGUGGCUGUGGGGUUGGUCAUUGCAAUUUGGGUCUUAUACUUCAGGAUUUCCUGGCCGGACAGCACCAGCCCUCUGCCCCCAAGGCCGCGCCCUGCCUACCAGUCCUCUGACUCUCUCCCACUGGGGCUCUUCAACCUGACCCAACUUCUGCACUGGCCUCCGACCCCGGGGGAUGGGGGAGACCUUUUGGCUUCCACCAGCCCCCAGACCUCCACCUACUACCUGAGGGAGCCUGCCCAGGCCAGCUAUGCCCUGGGAGGGCACCUGGAGGCCGUGCUGAUGGCCAAGGACCACCGGGGCAGGCCCAAGACCCACGGUGGGGAUCUCUUUCGGGCACAGCUAGUGGGUCCCGACCGGAAGACAGGGGUCCCUGGGGAUAUCCAGGAUCUGGAGAAUGGCACAUACCUACUGUCCUUCCCCCUGCUCUGGGCUGGGCAGGCCCAGGUGCAAGUGCGGCUGAUCCACUCCAGCGAGGCAGUUGGGGUUCUGCGGAGAAUCUGGAGGGACCAAUGGGCCACAGUUGAUUUCACGGGCUAUUUCAGGGGACCCACGGGAUAUGAAGAAAGUGCAAUUUGCAAUGUUAACCCCCUUUUGAUGGGGAAGGAAGAGUCUACCUGUCACUACAGGGAUGAAGAUUCAGGCGAGCUCUGGUUCUGCGCCAGGCCCCCCACCCUGCCCUGUGACUCACUGGUAGAGCAUUCAGGCGGAAGUUACUGGAAUGUGACCACAGCCUAUGAUGAGGCCCUGAUGGCUUGGAAUGUGACAGACAAGAUCCUGGCUCGGGGAAUCCCCAUCUGGGUGGCCAAGGAUAACAACAGGAAUCUGGUUCUGUCCCCAGAACAACCAUGCCACGCUGGGCUCCCGGCCUCCAAGCCCUCCGGCUUCUACCACCAAGGCGUGUGGCACUCGCUGUCCUGCUCCGGCCGCUCCUUCCCCACGGCCGACAGCGUCCUGGGCUGCCUGGCUGGCCGCGAGGUCCACAUGAUGGGGGACUCGACGCUGCGGCAGUGGUGGGAGUACCUGCGCGACACUGUGCCGUCCCUGAAACCAGUGGAUCUACAUGUCACUUAUCAGACCGGGCCCCUGAUGGCGGUGGACACUUCUCUGGGCAUCGUGCUGCACUGGAGGGCCCAUGGCUGGCCCCUGCGCUCCCUUCGCACCCCAGUGGCCUCCCUGCACUCUGUGGCCCGGGAGCUGGGGGGCCUGGCUGGGGGCCCCCACACAGUUGUGGUGCUGGGCCUGGGCGCUCACUUCACCACCUUCCCUCCAUCCAUCUUUGUCCACGGCUUGUGGGGAUCCGGGCAGCCGUGGCUGCACUGCUGGCCCGGGAACCUCUCACGCUCGUGGUCAUCAAACUGGCCAACACGGGCUACAAGUCUGUGUAUGGCAGCGACUGCUUCACCCUCCAGCUGAACCGGCUCCUCUGAGCUGCCUUUGCUGACCUCCGCGUGGCCUGGGUGGACGCCUGGGAGAUGACCUCCAGCCUGGCCCUGCCAGACAAGAGCCACCCAGGACGACUCAUUGUCCGCAACGAGGUGGACUUGCUCCUCUCCUUCAUCUGCCCCAUCUGAGUGCCUCUGUGGGCCCUGGGGCUGUGUGGGUGGGGAAGCUGGAAGCCCUAUCUCUCAGCCAUGGGUACCUCUUCUCCAUCUCUACCCAGCAAUACACAGGCCAUGAAAUCAGCUGGCAAGAGUUGAGAUGGGGUGGUGGCUUGUUAGGGGCUGAGGAUUGGAAGAGGGGAGGGCAGGUAAGGCUGGCAGGGGGUCAAAGCAUCUUAAGAGGUUUAGCUCCCACAUGGAAAUGCAGUGCUGGGGAUGGGGGUAGGAGAUAGAGAUAGGGACACCUACUACAUCAGUGCAUCUGAGGACUGCUCAUUUUGUGUGACGGUGUCUCCAUUUUGAGUAUCAAUGAGCCUUGCAAAGUGUCACUCUACAGGAGAGUCUGAGUGUAUAUACAAAGGCUUUUAUGUAUUGCUUUGUAAAAUAAAACAUUUCUCCUAGUUG